AUGAAGCUUCCUCCUGGUUUAUUAGUUUCUGAUGUUUCUUCUACAUCAGCUCCUUUGGUCUGUAAAUUACUGAAAUCUUUGUAUGGGCUGCGUCAAGCUUCCAGGCAGUGGUAUGCUAAGUUGUCCCAGGCUUUGCAAUCCAGAGGGUCUACUCACUCCUUCAAUGACUAUUCUCUAUUUACUAAAGGUUCUGGUGACUCUCUUGUAGUAUUGGCUGUCUAUGUUGAUGACAUCGUCCUCACUGGACCUAAUUCAGUUGAAAUUUCUGCCCUGAAACAAUUUCUUCAUCACCAGUUUAAGAUCAAGGAUUUAGGUCUGCUCAACUGCUUUCUCGGUAUUGAAGUUCUUUACACCCCUUCUGGUGUCCUUCUCCAUCAGCCUGUAUGUCCAUUGGAGCUACAUGAGAAACUUCAGGCUGGCAUCGGGGAUUCUCUUCCUAAUCCUGAGGUGUAUAGGUGUCUUAUUCGGAAAUUAAACUUCCUUAAUCAUACUAGACCUGACUUGUCUUUUGCUAUUCAACAUUUGAGUCAAUUUAUGCACUCUCCCUGUGUUCCCCACAUGAAGGCUGCUCUACACAUUUUGAUAUACUUAAAGGGCACGUCUGAUUUUGGCCUCUUUCUCAACAACUCUCAGGAUCUAGCUCUCAAAGUGUUCUGUGACAGUGAUUGGGGGGCUUGUCCUGAUAUUCGCAGAUCUGUUACUGGUUUUUGUUUUCUUCUUGGUGGUAGUUUGAUUAGCUGGAAGUCGAAGAAGCAACCUGUUGUCUCCCUUUCCUCAGCUGAAGCUGAGUAUCGUGCUUUGAGCAAGGCUGUAGCUGAGGUCAGCUGGUUAACUCGUUUAUUAGGUGAUUUCAGCCUUCCUGAUUUGAGUCAUGUUCCUAUUUUUUGCGACAAUCAGGCUGCUAUUCACAUUGCCAAGAACCCUGUCUUUCAUGAACGAACCAAACAUAUCGAAUUGGAUUGUCAUUUUGUCCGCGACAAAUUGGUUGCUGGUUUGGUAUCGUUGCAUCACACUUCUACCGCCUCUCAACUUGCUGAUAUACUUACUAAGAGCUUAACCAGGGCUGCUCACUACUUUCUUCUUGAUUAUGUGAUAAAAGUAAUUGUUAGAGAUACUAAUACUCGUGCACUAGAUGUGGGCUGA